AUGGAGCAAGAACAACAUUCUGAAGAUAUGUUCGGCACACAGGACGAUGCCGCGCUCCAGGAAGCGGUAUCCGUUGCGGAAAAUACUCCAAUAAUCCCAACCGAGAGCAUCACAUUUCCAGUACCAUUAGAUAAAAAUGGUAACAGUGUCGAAGAAAAACAACUUGACCCACAAGAUAUGGACACGCCGGAUCUAUUCUUCUCAGAAGAUAUGAAUGAUAAACAAAGUGAAGAAGAAAAUAUUCCAGAAGAAUCAAAUGCUGCUGAUGAUAAUGUGGAUUCAGUAGAGGCACCUAAGAGCAACGAUGAAUUAUCGGCAGAAGUGAUCGAAUCUAGCGUUCCCCAAGAAGCUGGUGCCCCAGCACCUGUUGUUAAAAGUUCUCCUGAGGAACGGCUGGCUCAGUUUCCGUUCGCGCGCAUUAAACAAAUAAUGAAACUCGACCCUGAUGUCGGAAUUCUAUCUGCGGAAGCAAUAUUCUUAGUUACGAGAGCUUCGGAGUUGUUUCUUCAAACGCUAGCAAAGGAUGCUAGUUCUCAAACUUUAAUGUCGAAAAAGAAAACGAUGAGUAAAAGGGAUGUUGAGGCAACAAUAGAUAACGUUGACUCAUUGAUAUUCCUGGAAGGGAUGAUGAAUGUUUAA